GCACGGGGCCAGCGGCCGAGGCGAGACCUCCGGAGCCAGUGCCGCGCGGCAGCGAGGGCAGGGGCCAGGACCAGGACGGGCAGGAGGCGGAGGGAAUGCCAUCGAGGCCUGCGCACAUCAUCCAUAGAUUCUGUGGCGAGGCCAAGCUCGUCAGCAGUGACCAGGAGUGGAGGGAGGCCGAGAGGACGCUGAGGGCCGCGAUGGACGAGAGGGACAUCCUGGUCGUCGGCCUGGACAUGGAGUGGAUACCGGACCGGACAAAGAACGACGACCACCCCGUAGCGCUCAUUCAGGUGGCCCUGCCCGAGCAGGUGUUGCUCUUCCGCACAAGGGGUGUGCGGCGGCUGCCGCCUUUCCUGAGCGCGGUGUUCCAGAGCAAGAAAGUCAUAAAGAUCGGAACGUCGUUCGACGCCUGCGACUGCGCCAAGCUCCGGUCGUCGUUUGGCCUGGUGUUGGACAGCUCCGCGGAGGGGAACAGUUUCUUCGACAUCAGCGUGGUCGCGAGGCAGGUGGGCCACACGCACGUGGGCCUCAAGAAGCUCGCCCUCGCGUGCGGCUACAGGAUGGAGAAGAGACAGGACAUCUCCGUCUCGAACUGGGAGUUUCCCACACUCUCGCCGGACCAGAUCAGGUACGCGGCGGACGACGCGUGGUUUCCGAUCCUCGUGGCAGCCCGGCUGCUGGACGCCUGGGUCGCGAAACACGGCGGGCUCGCCGGGGGGCCGCCAAUCCUCGCGCAGGUGAUGGAGGCCUUGGAGGAGAGCGCGCCGCGGCUGAGGCGGGUGCUCGCGGAGGACGACAGCACCGCGCAGGACCUGGCGGUCGGCGAGGUCAUCGAGGGGCUGAAGAAGAUCAUUGGCGGCCUGCACCGUGCAUCGCUGAGCGAAGUGGCCCGGCUGGCCCGCGCCAGGCUCGACAGUGCCCUGCUGGAGAAGGCGCGGGUGACCGUCAACAAGCAAUUCUUUCGCGACGCCGGGGAGCACUUUACGCUGUCCAACAAGCACG